AUGACCAUACUAGUUGCCCUCGGUUUGCUCACUGUGCUGCUCGUUGCGUAUCUCGUCACAUCGGUAGGAAGACGGGACUCGAAACUCCCACCCGGGCCGCCGACUCUCCCCAUCAUUGGAAACUUGCAUCAAAUCCCGGCCACGUUCACGUAUUUGAAGUUUACAGAAUGGGCAAAACAGUAUGGUGAAAUUUUCUCUCUCAAAAUGGGUCCUGCGACCUGCGUUGUCCUCACAUCACGGCGCCUCGUCAAACAACUUAUAGAUAAGAAGUCGAAUCUUUACAGCCAUCGGCCGGUCUCUCAUAUUAGCUACGAUAUUAUUUCCCAAGGCGACCACCUUCUUCUCAUGCAGUAUUCAGAUAAAUGGCGAGCGUGCCGCAAAUUAAUUCACCAAUUCUUCAUGGAGAGCAUGGUGGUCAACAAUCAUCUUGCACUUGUGGACGCGGAAGCUGUCCAGAUGGUACGCGACUUUGUUGAGGAACCAGACAAUUUUAUGCAACACCCAAAACGGUUCAGUAACAUAUUUGGAACACGAACGCCCGACAUAAAUGCCACCCACAUGAAGAGGCUCUACAGUCUCAUGGAGGCCUGGUCCAACCUGCAAGAAUUUGGCAGUAGCCCUCCCGUGGAUAUUUUCCCUUUCAUAAAGCAUCUCCCUGAGAAAUUGUUCGGCAACUGGCGUACUCGAGCACAACACGUGGGCGAACAAAUGAACGGCCUCCAUGAGGAGUGGUUCAACAAGGUGGUGGAGAGACGAAAGUCUGAAGGAUCCCGCGAUUGCUUUCUUGACCGCGCGCUCGAUCAGGAGGAUAGCGGCAAGCUUUCUCUCAAUCGGCAUGCCCUUUACUUUCUGGCGGGCACACUAAUGGAAGGGGGCUCAGAUACCACCGGCUCGGCCCUCGUCACCUUUCUUCACGCCAUGACAAAAUGGCCAAAAGUUAUGAGCAAGGCCCAGGACCAGAUUGACAGUGUAGUAGGGGAGGAUAGGUCGCCCACGUGGGAAGACUAUGCACAACUGCCAUAUGUUGCUGCUUGCGUCAAGGAAACCUUGCGCUGGCGUCCGGUUGUUCCUCUUGGCUUCCCCCACGUUGUCGGCGAAGACGAUGCAAUCGACGGCAUGACGAUUCCAAAAGGAAGCCAAGUAAUCAUCAACGCUUGGGGCAUGCAGCAUGAUUCCAAUCGAUUCGCCGAUCCAGACACUUUCAACCCAGAACGCUACGUUGGCGUCCCGCAGCUGGCAUCAGAGCUGGCGAAUGGUGAUUGGGAGAAGCGCGACCAUUAUGCAUAUGGAAGUGGCAGAAGACUGUGCCCGGGAAUUCACCUCGCAGAGCGCAGUUUAUUCAUUGCCAUGGCAAAGCUGCUCUGGACGCUGCAUAUCGAGUCUGGUGUUGACUCGCAAGGCCGCGUGAUAGAUCCUGAUGUGAGUCCCGAGGGCGCGUACGCCUCUGGACUGUUGGUCUGCGCCAAGCAGUUUCCUUGCAGAGUUACUCCCAGAUCUCAAGCUCGCAAAGACACUAUUAUGAGAGAGUUCGACCGGGCUACAACCGACGUGUUUGCAAAAUAUGGCUACGUCGAGGAGUGGUAA